AUGGCCUACCAUGCCGUUGCCCGCGGUAAGUUGACCGUAGAACGCGUCAUCUUCCCAGGACCGAGCCGCCAGGGCAAGAAGAUGGGCAGACUCUCCGGCCGCGCCCUCUGGGAGCAGUAUGCCCGCAUGAUCCAGAGACUAUACUACGCCGACAACCCUCCACACCCUCACAGAAAUCUUAUAACUCCUGAGGAUCUCGCCUGCGCCAAGUUGCUGCAGCCUGAGUAUGAGCUUCCAGCUGCUGUCCAAGGCGGUGGCGAUGGCGACGGCGACAACGACAACGACGAAGAAGAAACCAACAAUGAUGACGAGACGAUCCGAGAGGUUGCGUGGCCUAAGAAAUGGGACAACCGCAGGUCUCUGGCAGACUCGCAGGCCCCUCCAGAGGAUCCUCAACACCGACCCGAGCUCGAUCGACACCCUGCAGCGACACCCACGACCGUUGGGCCUGACAGCCACCAUGUUUCCGAUCGCCACCCGCAGCAAGCCGACGACACUCAGGCUGACCCUCCGAAUAGCCUUCCGUCGCAGGGGCAACAAGCGUCGCGCCCUCUGCCUGUCGUCUCUCAGGCCGGGGCCGAUGAUGUACAGAGGACACUCGAGAGAGGACUUAGGGGACUUCAGCUGUGCUCUCAGCUUCCGCCGCGACCCACGCCUCUUCCUCCACCGAUGGACUUUCAUCAUCCGAACCGAGCCCGCAGGUCAGGAUCACGCCGCGAGGGUUAUCCAGAUGGCCUGGCUGGACCCCAGCCCCAGAGGCCGCACGAUGAUAUAGAGAGGGAGCCCUUUGGCGACGAGGGUUCUUCCUCUGGGUCCAGAGCCUUCUCGCAGGACGACCUGAGGAUGUUCUUGGCUUGGCGCAGGGAGAGAAGGAGAAGGCCCGGGGUGGGCGGCGACAACUAG